CAUCCUCUCCUUCCUUUUUUCUUCACAGACUUCAGGCUUCACAGUUCACACCCCUCUUUCUUUCACAUCAUCCCAUUUUUUUAUGUUCCCCAUGGACAUCAUGCUUCCCCCCGUGAAUCAUUUAACACACUAGAUAGAUAGAUCCCCACAAGACAAGAAUAAUAUAUAAAUCAUUCAUUCAUUCUACUCACCACCUGAUCUCAUGAUCCAACACCUCACACGUAGUAUUCAGGUUUAAAACUUUUAAGACGAAGAUGACCCGUAACGGUGGUGUCGAGAGCCCCUCCCCUCGACCCCGGAUCCACCAGACCCAUCCACAUGACACACCUCACUUCCACUCCACUGUCUCCGAACGCAAGCUCCGCCGUUUCAAUUGCUUCAUUUUCAUCUUUCGCCUCGCUGCCUUCUGCUUUUCCCUAUCCGCUGCGGUUUUCAUGAUCGCCACCAAGUCCGGUUCGCCUCGCUGGUACGACUUCAGCGCCUUCAGAUUUGUUGUAGCGGCAAAUGGGAUAGUCGCUUUGUAUUCGUUAUUCGAAAUGGUUGCAUCCGCUUGGGAGAUCUCUCGAGGUUCCACCAUUCUCCCUGAAUUCUACCAAGUCUGGUUCGAUUUCGCCCACGAUCAGGUUUUUGCGUAUAUGUUACUGUCGGCGGACUCGACGGGGACGGAGAUGGCGAGGCAGCUUCGAGGUGUUGCUACGUGUGAUUCGUUUUGCGUCCAAUCGGACAUUGCUGUGGCCUUAGGAUUUGCGGGGUUUUUGUUUUUGAUGAUGUCGUCGUUACUGUCGGGGUUUAGAGUUGUGUGUUUUAUAAUUAAGGGGUCUAGAUUUCAUGUGUAGGAUUGUUUCGGGGUUUAGAGACACCGGAUUAUUAAUUAUUAUUAUUGAGCGGGUAAAUAAAUAUUAUUGUGUGAGGACUGAGGAGUGUUUUGGUUUUAUGUGUUGUGAUGUGUCGUGUUUAUUCCCUUCAAUGAAUGAAUGCCUCGUGGAGUGGUCUACGGUUUUUCCAA